AUGAAAGAGAGUGGUAGGAAGCAAGGUGCACCUUCACCUUGUGCUGCAUGCAAGCUCCUUCGGAGAAGGUGUGCUCAAGAUUGUGUUUUUGCUCCUUAUUUCCCCGCAGAUGAGCCCCAGAAGUUUGCAAAUGUUCACAAAGUGUUCGGUGCCAGCAAUGUCAACAAGAUGCUUCAGGACUUACCAGAGCAUCAACGAGGUGAUGCAGUAAGCAGCAUGGUGUAUGAGGCAAAUGCAAGAGUAAGAGACCCUGUGUAUGGAUGUGUAGGGGCAAUCUCAUCUCUUCAGCAACAAAUUGGUGCCCUACAAACCCAAUUGGCCGUGGCCCAAGCUGAGGCAGUGCACCUAAGGGUGCGCCAAACUAUGCCCAUUUGGAACCCAGGACAUAGCCCAACCAAUAGUGCCUCUCAAUCCUCCAAAAUCAUUGAAUCUCAAGCCAAUUCUGUUUUUGACAUGGACAUGAUGGACCAUGCUAGUUAUGGUGAUUCAAUGUGGUGA